CCAGUGCCAGACGAGGAACUCAGGUGCGACAACAAGGAGAGGCUAACACACCUGUGCGCGGUGAUGUCCGGGACAGUGUCUGGCGCUGUCUGUCGCAUCCUGUGUUCAUCCUGUGGUGCUGCGCGCGAGGUCUGUCUGCCUCCCGAGUGUAAGCACCACCACUGACCCGCUUGUGUUGAGAGCAUCGUGUGCCCGAGCGUCUCUCGUCCACCAGCGGGUGAGCGGCAGCGCGGUGCAAGGCGGGAGCCGAGGCCAGCAUCCCGGCUACUGUGACGUGUGGCCGUGCGCACCGCGUGACGUACAGUCAUGCCAACGUUUGUCACCACCGUGACGCUGUCUAGUCCUGUUGGUGUCGUCAGUGUGGACAACAAGUGCACCACUCGGUGUCGAGGGGUUUACAAUCUUCGCACGAAGAAGUCUUCACCGAUGACAGAAUACCACGGGAUGAACGAGCGUGAGCUCCGAGCACUCCUGGAGGACUGCAGCAUACUGCAGGAGCGGCGCAAGAUUCGAGCAGCAAUCAAAGAAGUUCACGGUCUAGUGACUGAGUCCAGCUCACCCCUCAGUCACGUGGCCCUGAGCGGGAAGGUGACUGGCGAUCAUGUAGCCUCGUGUUCACUGUCACAGGUCGUCUACACGCCUGUCUUCCCGUCAUCCCCUCGUCCAUCAUACGGGAUCAGUCUACAUGCCACGUCAUCUCUGCAGGUACCACCUGUCACAUCCGGUGUCAUGGCGUUGUCAUCAAACCCGGUGUCCCUAACCAUGACCGCGAGUCCUCUCUUCACGGCAGGUGGCGCCCUGGCCUACGAGCGGAGGAACAGCAUGGCGACCCUGUCCUCGGCUGCUGACGACCGCCUCAAACGCCAGAGGCUGAAGGAAAACAUCGACAGCUUGAGCGAGUCUCUGGCGCAGUGGAAGAUGAAACGGUUUUUGUCCGCAAGUGUCAGUGUCAAGCCACCUGCCAGUGUCAGUGACAAGACACCCGCCAGUGUCACUGACAAGACACCCGCCAGUGCCAGUGCCAGACUAUUCAGUGUCAGUGACCAGCCACCCGACUCACCCCACAUAACCGAGUUGCUGCGGUUUUCGCGGCUGGGCUCCAAGCGGCUGUCGGUGGACAGCGUGGACAGCGACAACACGCAGCACGCACCCACCCUGGGUACCGCCUUGUCGUGCGAGCAGUUGUCUGCCCACAGGAAGUCCGACAGGAAUGUGACGGCCAGGGGCGACCACACGAGCAGUGACGUUCCUCCAAGACUUACUGUUCGUCGCGGCAGUCACGUGUUCCUCAGCGAUGGUGACAUCACAUUUCCCGUGGUGCCUUCCCAUGACAACGACGACGACAGUGCGUUCACAUCAACCGCCACCAGCAGAUCGUCUAACGACCAAACACGUCACGACGGUGUCGUCAUCCAGCAGACGAGGCGGACUUCCGGUGGGGAGACAAAUGGCGGCGACCAGAGAGUCGGCAGGGCCCUGUACCGGGGCAAGUGGCGGGACGAGGACGAGUUGCUGGACUUGCUCUGCCAGUCGGACGACUUCAGAGAGAGGCUGCUCAUACGGUCACGCUUGAAAGAAAUCAAAGAAAAUAUUCCAGGGCCACAGCCAGGAGAGAGAGGUGUGCACCCUGUACACGACACCACCGCCACACCUGACCUCGAGGCUCCUCCAUCAUCACGUGUGCAGCAACUUGUGACAUCACGCGGUGCCCCGACGCUGCCCUCUAGUCCAGCCAGCUCUCAGAUGACGGACCGAUGGCUCGGCGACAGUGGCGCCCUCGGUCAGCACCACGAGUCUGUCUCGCUCGCAGACUGUCAGAGCGACCUGGGGGGAGAGGCGGGUCUGCACCCGAACUACGCACCUGCUCCUGCUGCUGUCCGGGUGGAUGAGGACGCGGCAGGAGACGACGCGGCGGAUGUGGAGGAUUACGACAACAUUCGCGACAUCGAGCAGCUGCGGAAACUGCUGAACAGCACGUGUGACCGGGAGGUCAAGCGCAAGAUUCGCAGCGCCAUGAGAACACAGCGCCGGAAACAGGAGAUGGAGAAAGUCAGAGCAGACCUCCCCCCUCUGGUGGCUCCUGUAGACUCGAGCGACCGCAGCUCCCUCUGUCCAGCGGCCUCAGAUGCUACAGCGUCGUCAGGGGAGACAACAUCACGCGGUCGGUUAUCUCCUUUUCCAGGGGAAGGCAGCUCUGGUUCGAGAAAAGCAGACGUCACCAAGUCGAGCAGUUUUCGAGAAUCUGUGUUACCUAGGCAACACUUGCAAGCAGUGAGCGACAGGUCGGUGACGAGGACCAGCAGCGUCAGGCUGUCGCCGACCCCGAGGGUCACGGACUCGCUCGGUGACAGGUCAGCGGAAGUCAGCAAGUCAGUGAAGGUCAAGGACCACAAGUCCCCCGUGGGGCUACUGACCGUGAAGCAGGAGGAGAGAGUUCAUGCUGGUCAUCCUGUCUCCGCUCCUGAGAGCAAGGUGGUUACCUCCCUUGUCGAGGACAACGAGAGGCCGGGAGGAACAAGCUCCCCGCAGGGCGGCGCCACAGGCAAGCGCGUGCCUGCUGGCGGUGAUGCAGCAACAGGCAGCAAGUCCUGGGAACAUUCGCUGCGAGGCCCCAACGUCAGCAGAAAGCCGCGAGUGGACUCGGUGCCUGCCAGCACUAGGCUCACCAGAGCGCGGGUCACGAGGGAGAGCUGGGAGAGUGUGGACGCUGCAGCAGCCGCCCCGCCUCUGAAGACCGAAGGAAGCGGGUCAUCCACCGCAGGUCACUGGAAGUCACGUGCCCAAGAGAGUGUCUGGAGACUUUUAGGAGAUGAGCUGCACUCCACGUCGUUGAGCAACGAAAGUGUGGAGGAGAGUAGCAAGGCGGGUCACGAGGAGGCAUCCACGUCACUGGUGAGUCUGCGACUAGCUGGGCAAACAGUAGACGAGCAGUCGGGUAGAUCCACCCCAGCCACUCGGCACGGCAUAACUCCAACAAGCAUCUUCAGCUCGCUAGAUAAGAGGCAAGUGUCGAGGUCACUUCAUUCCAUCGUCAGUGACGACAGCUCAUCGUCGACCUCCCUGCCCAACGGCCCGUCUUCCGCGAUAGCUCAGCUUCUGAAUUCCCAGCGGAGACAGUCACAACCUGUCACCGACAGUCACACCUCGACAACACCUCUACCCGGCCCAACACUCUCUAAUCAGGAAGAUGAGAAUCGUAAGAUUGUAAGUUUCGGGGAUACAGCUCUUUCGGGUGGCGAGACAUCAGCGGGUACUUCCGGUGAGAGGAGGGCCAGCUCGCUCCAGGACUUGUUAAAGGUCGAAGUGGGAGUAGGGGCGGGGUCACACCAUCCACAGCGGCCCUUGGAUGAGGUCAUCGACUCGUCUUGGGACAGCAAACGGUUGUCGUCAGCGGGGUCAAGAAAAGACGACCUCGACUGGGAUCUCGUGAACCAGGUCAAGGCCAGGCUCAAGUCUCGAAGCGAGAGCUUGAGCUCGGAGGAAAAGUUUCUAGGGGCCGUGAGAGUCGGCCAGCCGUCAAGCCAGACAUCUUCAAAACCUCUGACCUCUGACGGCCGGAGUCGAAGCUGGAGGGACGUCAGACGGUCGGAGGAGACCUCAGAGAGACAGCGCAGACAGGUCUUGCACAAAGCCGGGGACACGACAGGCGCUGACCCUGGCACCGACUGUUUGGUGGUUAAUGACGGUGAACAUACAGCCGCGCCACCUGGCGUCGACAAACAGCUUUCAGACUUCCAGAAGCUCGACAAGGGGCUGCGGCCUUCACCUUCAAAACGCCUGGUGAGUUCGUUGGUGGGGAAGUUCGCGGCGACCGAGUCAGGUGAUCGCCAGUCGGAGGACCGCCCUGGUCAGGUUUCGGCAGAGGCUGACGUCACUGUGCAGGUGAGCGAACUGAUCUCUGACCCCGAGCCGCCAGGUAAAAGGUCACAGCGUGCCGCAUCCUUCCGUGUGGAUCCUACCCGGGAUUCUGAGAUUGUGAGGUCGUCACAACCACGGCGGGCGGAGUCGUUCAACGUUCUAGAUCGUCCUCCGAGGUUGUCUGCUGAUCGGAAGGCGGCGCCGGACGUGAGCGCCAUCAGCGACAGCCUACCCCCACCCCCAGAGACAACAACUGGUGAACCACUCACCAGGACGACACGUGACCAGAGGAGUAUGCCGAGCACAGCAGUUGCUCUCUCCCUGGCCUCCCAGCCAGCCAUACUCCAGACCGGCUCGGGGGAUACCCACAAGUCAGUGGCGCGUGUCAAGACUGAGGUCAAGGCUGUCAAAGCGCCCUCUGACCCUUGUCUGACGUCUACCGAGAAGCCCGCGGCGGAAAUAGAGAAAGCCUUCUCGGCCCUCCUGGACGACAUCGACAUGCUGAGCACAUCGGAGGGCACAGCGUCUGACGUCAGCGACGGUGAUGAGUACAGCGCGGACACCACCACGACCAUGAACCCACCCGCCGCUCACUGCGUCAGGGACCAGCAGGCGGGGGAUACCCGGGACAGGGGCUCGCCUGCGCUGGCGAGGGGCAAGGUGUCUGCCCCACUGGCGACGCUGACGGAAGAAGUGACCAACGUGGACACUGCAGGGGAUGAGCUCUCACCAACAGAGGGCGCCGCACAGAUGGGCGUGACCACCGAAGACAGCGACAACGACCUGGAGUACAUCGACGCAGAUGACAUGGACUCCUGUACCCCGACAAACACAGCACGUCACGUUCCAGGUCCCCCUGAAGAUGACGACCUGUCGGGAGGGAACGUCACUGUGAUCGACGGCCACACGACGACAUCAGCGCCAUCUUUACCGCAGUCGCUACCACCAGCGUCAGCAGACGAUAUGACGUCAUCGGCGUACUUGGUUCUGAAAGCGCAGCCGAGCGGCGAGAAGCGCAGGACAGGUAGCAGCAACAACAGCAGCAACGCCACCGUGGAGCAGGACAGUGACGGCACGGUGACGUACCGCAAGGUGUCGCAGGACGAAUGUCACAACCGCAUCGUGACCAUCAAGUCCAAAGUGCGACGCACGCCCAGCAACGCCAGCGAGGAGACACGUGACACCGUGGUGGAGACCAGCUACCAGGCGCCAGGGGGCGCGCUGGUGACGGAGCGUGACGUCAUCCAGUCCCGCAAGAAGCUGACGCACCGCGGUUCCAACUACUACCAGCGCACGGCGCAGUACAUGCGGCGCGUGCGUGACCGGGGCGGCAGCGAGUUCGUGGAGCACGACGUGCACGUGCAGGCGGACAACACCUCCGUGUCACGUGGUCAGUCCUGGACCAGCAACGUGGCGGCGCGCGUGGAGGUGGACCAGCCAUCGGGCCCGCUACCCGCCAACCUACACCCGCUACCCGCCAUGCUGGAGGAGCUGGCCACCCUCCACCCGGUGGAGCCUCGCGUGGCGGCGGACGCCAAGGUGGAGGAGGAGGAGGAGGAAGAGGAGAAGGAGGAGGAGCAGCAGCAGCAAGUCGACAGCGACGCCGUAGGGGGCCUGGCGGACAAGCAAGUGCAGGAGCCGCACGCGCUGGGCGACCAACAAAGUCUCGGUAGCAACACUGACGUGACGGCAAUGGCGCCCAUGUUGGUGACGCCCCUGGUCAGCCAGUCUCUGCUGACGGCCGGCGAGUCGUUGCUGCUGCAGUGUGACGUCAGCGGCGUGCCGGAGCCGGAGGUGACGUGGUCACGUGACGGCCAGUGUCUGCCGGACACACUCAGCUACUCGCAGUCCUAUGACGGUGCGCGCGCCAGUCUGCACGUGCAGCAGGUCGAGGCCCAGGACGGCGGCGUGUACGAGUGCGUGGCCCACAACGUCGCGGGGCGCGUGACCAGCAGGUCAAGGGUCACCGUCAAAGCCAGGAGCGUGACCCCUCGCUUCACCUCUCAGCUCCAAGACGUCACCACUGACGCAGGGAAGAACGUGACGUUACAGUGCCAGGUCACGGGGUCACCGGAACCGUCGGUGAUGUGGCGACGUAGCGGGCUGAUGGUGCAGGAUGUUCCUGACUUCGUGCAGACUUUCGCGGGGGGCGUGGCUCGCCUGCAGAUCCUGGCAGCGCGUGACAAACAUGGCGGCAGGUACGAGUGCAUGGCCCAGAACGAGGCUGGACAUGCCAGUACUUCCUGUCACGUGACAGUCACCGCGUCCACAGAUCCAGACAAGGAGGGCGUGCUACCCCGGGUGUCAGUCAGGCGGUCGUUCAAAAAGCUGUCGGAGCCGCACCCAGCAGACAUCAUCACAGCCGCGCUACGCCUGGCUGAGCACAAGCCACUCGUGACCUCCAGGUCAGCGUCCUUGCAAGAGACCUCUGACCUCGCAGGUCAGCUGCCAGUGAACGCGGAGUCCAGAGCGAGGUCGGUGGUCCACAUCCACUUGGAUGGCGAGCGCCCUCUGUCGGCACGUGCAGCGAACGGUAGUGCGCACGGCAGGGACGCCGCGCAUGCGCGUGACUGGGAGGCGGGCAGCAGGUACCGGGUGCAGUGGACGGACGCCGAUGGCAGCGUCACGCUACAGCCUGACGUCACGAUUACGGAGGUCGACGAAGUCAAGGACAGGGGGCUGGUCCCCGGGGUGGAGGAUGUCGCCCAGUCGCCGCUCAAGAAGCUGUCGCUGCAGGAGACCUCGUACAGCAGGAAGACCGCGGAGCCCACACCACGUGACCAGCUGUCGGGCGGCCGCUCGCAGCGCUCCCUGGUUAGCCAGCUGCGCGCCCAGUUCCUCAAGGAAGACAACUCGGGGGACAAAGCCGGAGGAAUCCGACGCUGGCACUCCAUGCCUCUCAAGCAGGAGAGACCGGAAGUUGUCAAGAGGGGGCGGCCGUCGCUGCUGACAGGUGAGCAGACACAGGGUGGACAGGAGGCUAUCGGGGACACCAUGCCGUCGUACGACCAGAUCGAGGACGAGGAGGAGCUGCACAAGCUCAUGAAUGCCACAGACAGCUUUGAUGAGCGGAAAAAGAUCAGAGCGAGGCUGCGAGAGAUCAGAGAUAAACAGCGAGCGGACAUGGAGGCGCGGCGCGUGCAGAGGGACAAGGAGACGGAGGAUCUGGUGCGCAAGAAGUUCGAGAAGGCGGAGGAGGAGAAGAAGCGCAAGAUGGAGGCGUUCCAGAGCCAGAAGCCCACGUGCGAGCGCGACUCGCAGUACCACGCCUCGGCCGACAAGGCGGUGCUGGACAAGAAGAAGCAGGCGGACGAGGAGAAGGCCAAGAAGCUGCAGGCCUACUCGCAGAUCUCCGAGCACAAGACGCCAGAGGGCGCCACCGUCCGCACGGCCACCACCACCACCACGAUGAAGUCGGAAGAUGGUUCCACCACAGUUACUAAGAAGACAGAGACGACUGUCAGACAGACAUCGGGCUUUGGCGGCGUGCAGUAUGGCCGACCAGGUGCAACACCAGAACUUAACGCUAGGACCCUUAAGGAGCAGAUAUCGAGAGCCAGUGGUCCAGGAACAAGCGGUAGUAUCACCGUCAAAACACAGUCCUGGAGCAGCAGAGAUGGUGUCACUCGCAAAGCCCACAACACGGAGUCCUGGGGAGCCAAACCACAAGGUCCCCGUGGAGCUAUGGCAGCUUUCAAACAAAUGGAUGCCAACAGUCCUGCCCGCCCAAAUGGCCUUGUAACAGUCUCCUUGGCAAAGCGAGCAGCAAAUACCAUGCGCAAGAAUGCAGUGGCAAUCAAGCAAGAGAUUCUGAAUUUUGUCCAGAUCAACACAGAGGGCUAUGAGAAUGUUGAGGUGACCAAUUUCUCCACCUGCUGGAAUGAUGGCAUGGCGUUCUGUGCCCUCAUUCAUCACUUCUUCCCAGAUGCCUUUGACUUCAGUCAGUUGGACCCCAAGAACCGCCGCUACAAUUUCGAGCUUGCCUUCAACACAGCAGAGAAACUGGCGGACAUUUCACCUCUGCUGGAUGUUGAGGACAUGGUGAAGAUGAAGAACCCAGACUGGAAGUGCGUAUUCACCUAUGUACAGUCCAUCUAUCGCCAUCUGCGGGAUCAUGAAAAUAACAAAGCCAGGAUUGAGGCAUAGGCUUUGGUGUUAAGGGACUGUCGACCAAAGUGUCUUCCAUUCUGCGGAAAUUGUUGGAGUCUGCAGCUACACGUCCAGUGGAGAAGCCUGGGCGCAGCACACAGCAACGUGGCCUGAUGUUUUUCUCACACCAAGUGGUCAUUUAGCAGACUUACUCUGGAAAAAAUAAUUGAUUUCUCUCUCUCUGUGCUUUGUUUCUCUCUUUCAGCAUCCCUGUCUGUGCUUGUCAGAGAAAAUUGUUGGCUUUCAGUUUUGGUUUCAACGUGCAUAUCAGUAGUUGCAGCAAGCUCCUAGAAGCCUGAAAGUUUGCUUGCUCAGGUAUUUUUGUGGAAAUGCCAAGUCUCACAAUUUGGUCUUUCAUGCAUAUUGAAGGCUUCAGACAAAGCACUCUGUAACCUUACACUUUCAUUUUGCAAGAAGGUUGACAGUGCAAAAUACAUUUUGAAAUAUAUAUUACUGUCAUAUGCUGUAGACUCUGAGAUGUGAAAGCUAUUUUCACCAUAAAAGGCAAUUCUCCUUACUGUCAUAAGGUUGUGGCAACAUUAAUCAGUUGUGUAUAUUUACAGCUGUUUACACAAUGAAACUGUCACAUCUUGCUAAAAGCACAACCUAUUUCCUACAUGAAAUUUGUUUUUUAAAUAAGAUUUAAUCUUCUGUAGAAGAUAGAAUUGUAUGAAUAUUUUUUUAAAUGGGUAAAACAGUUGAUAUCUGCUCAACCAAAGAUGAUAUGUGCCUUCCUCUCACCUCUUGUGGGUAAUCUGAAAGAAAAAUAUAACUACUUGUUAUUUGCUUACUAUAUUCCCCAGGCAGUUAUUUAUUCUCUCUUAAGCAUAAAGUCAUUGGCUCUCGACAACUUCAUAUAAUGGGGACAAGUGUAGAUUCUGCUUUUGAUAUCUAAUGCAACUAGCACAUCAACAACUAAUACUCUUCUAAACUAAUGUAUAUUUGUGUUCGUGCUUUGAAAAGUACUUUAAAUUUGUAGGUGUGUUAAGUCAUACAUGGCCCAUCUACAGUUGAAACCUUAUCAUAGGAGCGUGGGUAACAACUUUGCAAAAAUAGGUUUAUCUCUUAUGAGUUCUCUCAGAGGACAUGUUUCAGAAUGUAUAGAUGCUUUUACUUUCAGGGUACAAGGUGCAGACUGUCAACUGUAGUUUUGAGUGUAUCAAGAGACAUGUAAACAAAUGUAUGCACACUAGAGACUGAGGUGAGGCUCUUUGAGUCACUUGACCUGUGGCUGUUGUGGACUCGGUGCUGCAUUUAAAUGCAGUAAUUGGUUACCUGACUCUAUGCACUCAGCUUUGUGGAAAUCAACACUUGUACAUAGUGUUAGCAGACUUUCCCAUAUUGUUGACAUGUAAUGUGAGUAGAUAAUCUGUGAUAGUAUUUUUGAAUUUCUGUGAUAGAACUGCAGACUGAUACUGAUUUGUCCGCUUCAUCGACACAUUUUUUCAAAUAAAAUCAGUCACAUUUGUUAAGGACCAUAUCCUUGUGGCAGAUAUCUGACAUUAGAGUGCACACACAGUACAAAAAUUAAAAUGUAUCAAUUGAAUCUUGGAAAUAAGCUUUUUAAAGACAAACCAACCAAAGAACUAUUUGUCCUGUUUCAAGUACAUUGUGGGACACUAGUAGUAGUUUAUUCUGUUAUUGGCAUGUUAGAUAAUAGUCCAUUCACUGUCGGAUGUACUUGUGUCACAGCAUUUCCAGUUAGGAUUUGCUUUCCCUUAGCUCAGGUAAGGGAGAAAACUUGCAGACAUAGAAACUUGUUCCCUCAAUCAAAGUGCUUUGAUCUGCACUUUCCUCCAUGUCUUUUUGAGCAGAGUUCCAUGGUCAGACACGAGAAGAACGGACACUGUCUGUGAAGGUUGUGUUCGCUGGGUUCAAAUCAAACUUUAUUGCCUGUUCGAGGAAGUCCAAGACAGAAAUUUUUUGCUUGCUCACAAACCUAACCACAUACACAGACAUAAUAUGAGUAUAUAUAAAACCUAAUAACAUACACAGACAUAAUAUGAGUAUAUAUAUUUACACACACACAACAUAAUGCGUAGACACACAUACCAUACAAGUUGAAGGUAAAGCAUGUUUGGAAGAAUCAAUAUUUGAAACAUAGUACCUGUAUUAAAAUUCAUUUAUCAUGCAAAUAGUACAGAUGUAGAGGAAUCAUGAUUAGUUAAAACAAAUUAUUGAAACAAUGGGCCAGCAGCACUUGUCAGGGUCACUUGUGGCUGCUCUUUUAAUUUUUAACAUAAGAGGGAAAAACAAAUCUAUAAUUUAAGUUUAUUGUAUCUAAGUUUGCUUAUGCAUAGGACGGUGGGUUUCACUUUCUUCAGACAAACACUGCAGUCAACACACUGGAGCUAGCAGAAGGGAAUCUGGGAACUGUAGACAUGAAUACAUGUCAGCAUUAAUUUGUGUGGUAGUCUUCAGGCUGUUUGUUCACUCGCUGCUGGAUUGUUCAGGAAAAGUUUAAAUGUUUCAUACGCAAUUAGCAGGACAAGCUGGUUAGCAGCACUGGAACUGAUGGAGAGGAGAAAUAAUAAUAAUAAUAAUAAUCAUCUUAUCUUUUUCUUGCACAUUGCAGAGUAAUCUGUAGCUUGAAAUGGUUUUGAAGACCACAAAAUGCUGUGUAUUUCGCUGGUAACUCAUGAUUAUCUUGUUCUGAAACCAAUUUGCAGACAAGCAUUCAUGAAAUUUUUCGUUGCAAGUGCGCACAUAAAAUGCAGUUCUGUCCUCGAAUCAUCAGGACCCAAAAGUGAUCAGAGCCCAGGGUAUAGCAGUAACGUUCAAGAAUAGUUUUACUAGUUUUACUAGUCCCCCAAGUGUGAAUGUUUAGUUUUACUUCUCAUCUUACAUGCACAUAAAGACAUAGUUUCACUGUUGUUAUGUCACCGUGCUAUCUAAUAUUCAUGUGUGUACUCUGUGUAGAUGCCUAGACAUAGAUAAUCGCUGUCGGCUAGCUCAGGUAUCCUCUAAACUCCUACACUUCCUUCUCAGAUGUGAGCAAGAUGAUAUCAAUACAGGAAGAGGCUUGGGCAUACGGUGGUAGGACAUUGGGUGCUAUGUUUGCAGGACAGCUUUGACCUGAAGACACACAUGUAGACACAGUGUACAGUGUGCUGAGCACCGCCAGACACCUGGUGAAGAAAUGGCUUGACUCAAGUAGUCACUUGUAAUGCAUUUACAUAUGUAAGGUUUUAAUUCUAGAUGUGCAGAUGGUGUAGCAUCACACUGUACUAAGUUGCCAAUUUUAUUUUGUAAUGGUUUGUGUGGCAGGUGAAGUGUUGGCGCUGAUUGUGUGUUUUGUUUUCACUGUAGUGUGUAUUCAAUGUUCUGGAAAUAAAAAUUGUAUGCAUAUAAUUUAACAAA